CGGGGGGCGCAGCGCAGCCCCGGACAGCUGGCGGGGGUAAACAGGGCCGGGGGCGGGGGGCACGGCCGGGGCCCCGCCGCGGCCCCUGCGCUGCGUCCCGCUCUGCCCCGCAUGGAUGGAGCCUCGAAACCUCCGGUGCCCGCUGCGCUCGCGCCCGGGAGGCCUGACAGGUAACUGAACCCCUCAGGGCUGGUCCUGGCUGGAAUGCUUGGAUGCACAGCAGCUCUUCCCACAGCUUCUCUUCGUCUGCCCCACUGCAAGAAGAUGGCAAAAGCCAACAUCACCAGAGACAUCAUCCACAGGCAGAUCAAGGAGAGGGGAGCGCUGGGCUUCGAGCGCCACUACCACGUCACCGACCCCUUCAUCCGCCGCCUGGGGCUGGAGGCUGAGCUGCAGGGUCACUCUGGGUGUGUCAACUGUCUGGAAUGGAAUGAAAAAGGAGACUUGUUGGCCUCUGGCUCUGAUGACCAGCAUACCAUUGUGUGGGAUCCUCUGCACCACAAGAAACUCCUCUCUAUGCACACAGGACACACUGCAAACAUCUUUUCUGUCAAGUUCUUGCCGCACUCGGGGGAUCGGAUCCUCAUCACUGGAGCUGCGGAUUCCAAGGUGCACGUCCAUGACUUGACUGUCAAGGAGACUGUGCACAUGUUUGGAGAUCACACCAACAGGGUGAAGCGGAUUGCCACGGCUCCCAUGUGGCCAAACACCUUCUGGAGUGCAGCAGAAGAUGGCUUAAUCAGGCAGUACGACCUGCGGGAGAACAGCAAACGCUCCGAGGUGCUGAUAGACCUGACAGAGUACUGUGGGCAGCUGGUGGAGGCCAAGUGCCUGACAGUGAACCCCCAGGACAACAAUUACCUGGCCGUGGGGGCCAGCGGGCCCUUUGUGCGGCUCUACGACAUCCGCAUGAUCCACAACCACAGAACCAACAAUUAUGGGCCUGUCCUCUCCACAGGGCACCUCCCAGUGAAGCUUCCAGACUACAACAACCGGCUGAGGGUCCUGGUGGCCACGUACGUCACCUUCAGCCCCGACGGCACCGAGCUCCUGGUCAACAUGGGAGGGGAGCAGGUCUAUUUGUUUGAUCUGACAUACAAACAGCGCCCAUACACUUUUCUCCUCCCAAAGAAGUGCCACACUUCAGGGGAAGUGCAGAAUGGGAAAACCUCUACCAAUGGAGUGUCCAACGGGAUCCAUCUCCACAGCAACGGCUUCCGCCUGGCCGAGGGAAGGGCACACGUGAGCCCCCAGGUGGAGUUGCCCCCGUACCUGGAGAGGAUCAAGCAGCAAGCCAAUGAGGCCUUUGCCUGCCAGCUGUGGACCCAGGCCAUCCAGCUGUACAGCAAAGCUGUGCAGAAGGCCCCCAACAACGCCAUGCUCUAUGGGAACAGAGCUGCUGCCUACAUGAAGCGCAAGUGGGAUGGGGACCACUACGAUGCUCUGAGGGACUGCUUGAAGGCCAUUUCCCUAAAUCCCUGCCACCUGAAGGCCCAUUUCCGCCUCGCCCGCUGCCUCUUUGAACUCAAGUACGUGGCAGAAGCACUGGAGUGUCUGGAUGACUUUAAAGGGAAGUUUCCAGAACAAGCACACAGCAGUGCCUGCGAUGCACUAGACAGGGACAUCAAUGCUGCUCUCUUCUCCAAGAGUGAUAACGCUGAAGACAAGAAGGGGGGUGGCCCCAUCCGGCUGCGAGCCACGGGCCGCAAGGACUCCAUCUCUGAGGACGAGAUGGUGCUGAGGGAGCGCAGCUACGACUACAAAUUCCGCUACUGCGGCCACUGUAACACCACCACAGACAUCAAAGAGGCCAAUUUCUUUGGCAGCAACGCCCAGUACAUCGUCAGCGGCUCGGAUGAUGGCUCCUUCUUCAUCUGGGAGAAGGAAACCACCAACCUGGUGCGUGUGCUGCAGGGAGACGAGUCCAUUGUGAACUGUCUGCAGCCUCACCCCAGCUACUGCUUCCUGGCCACCAGCGGCAUUGACCCGGUCGUGCGGCUCUGGAACCCCAGGCCCGAGAGUGAGACCCUCAAUGGCCGCGUGGUCGUGGACAUGGAAGGUGCUUCCCAAGCCAACCAGCGGCGGAUGAACGCGGACCCGCUGGAGGUGAUGCUGCUCAACAUGGGCUACCGGAUCACGGGACUGACCAGUGGCGGGGCUGGAGGCUCAGACGAUGAAGACAGCUCAGAGGGGCAAGUCCAGUGCCGGCCCAGCUAAAACAGAACUGCCUCUCCUUCCUCUAAAAGAUUGGCUGAAAGGGAACCGAGUUUCCUUGGUCCUGAACUUUCUCUGGUGAAUGACUGCACUGUUUCGCACUAUGCACAGGGUAGGACAAGCUGGCAGGGGCAGGAGUGGCCGUCUCUAAACCAUCACCUCCUCCUCCUCCAUGGCAGUGCAGUCCAGGGUUUGCCUUUAGUGGAAUUUAGUCCCAACAGGGGUCUUUGAGUUGUCUGUGAGCAGUGUAACUGGUGAUUAUUUUUCCAGAGCUGCUGUAUGAUCUGGUACAGGGGCUGUUGCCUGCAUUGCAGGGGGGGAUGUUAAAUUCCUGAAUAAAACACAAACCUAGGGCAGGGGUUAUGGAAUGAAUUUACUGCAGUGAUUUUGAAAGCUUAACUGUGCUACCAGCCUGUCUAGAGGCCCCAGGUUUAUGGCUGUUGGCCAUGAAACACCUGUUUUGUCCCAUAACAUCUUUCUCCUGGCUUCCAUCUCAGACACGUCAGCAGAUGUAGCUGUGCUGUUCUGGGGACUGGAGCUCGCCUGUCCUGUCCCCCUGUCUUAGCUGAGGGAUCGGUGGAGGCACUGGGUGUGUGCAGCUCCACGGGGCAGAACAAGCUUGGCUGGUUCUGAUUCUCCCUCCUGUGCUCCCCGAGCCCGUGGAGGGAGGUGACAACGACGGGCUCAGGUUGGAUCAGAAGCCUAGGGCUAGUGUAGCUAAAGCUGCUGAGGAAAGGAGCAGGUGACAGCACCUCUCCAUUGCCCCAGGUGUGUAGCUGUGUCUGCUUUCUCCUCUGCACAUCACCUGUGCAGGAGCUGAGGGCGUUGUCACCGUGUGAACAAUGCAGCUACAGCUGCAGCUGUCACAGGCAGCAUUUUUGUACAGCCAGCUGCUCUGUCUGGCCAAGGUGGGCCUUCCCUGCCUCUGUUGGUGUAACAUCAGAGGGAUUCGUGGUCCUCUCAGGAACCCUCCUUCCUCUUCCCACUGCCCACACCCUGACGGGCUGCAAAGCCAGGAGCACACCUGGAAACACAGCACUAUACUUCCAUUCCUUCCCCCUCCUGUAACACACAGCCCUGUUCUCCCCUCUUGCAGUUGCCAAACACUAAAUACCCCACAGAUCUUACACAGCUGUGCUACAACCACCUCUGCAGGUUGUUUUUUCUAGGACUAUCAACUAAGACCAAAGAGCCCCUGGAGAUCUGAACCGCUCUGCUCUGUCUCGUGUCUCUUCCUGCCGAAGGCCUGAACAUGUUAGCCGUGGUCCCAGGGGUGUGAGGUGUGUGUCUGGGAGUGUGUGUGUGCCUGUGUGUGUGCUGUUCUUCCAUGUGGUGCAAUCCCUGGUCUUCCUGUUGCUGCCGUGGAAAGAUGAGAGGCCUCCCUUUCCUCCCCUGGCUGCCAGGCACCGCUGAGCGCAGCUGCGCGGGGCUGCCUGAGCCAGGGCUGCCUCUGCCUUCCAGAACAAUCCUGGAGACGAGGAGGGACAGAGGUCAGCUGGCAGCAUCUCUCCAAGGACACUGUUCCUGCACAGAGAGCGAGCUGAGCCCCGAGGGUGCCCCUCUGACAGACACCUGCCUGCUCUGUCCCGGGGGAGGCCCCAGCUCGCCCCGCUGCCGUGGGAGCCCCUCAAAGGCACCAGCUCCCCGUGUGCUCUGCCCAGCCCUGCUGGCAGGAUCAGCCUCCCCUGUCCUGCUGAGGCACAGCUCACCUGGGCCAGGUGUCCCUGAGCUCCUGGGGCAGGUUUGUUUGUUUGUUUUCACGCAGUACCUGUGACUGUUGAGUUCACCUGGCCGGGAGCGUAGCCAGGUGCACCCCGGGCAUUUGCUGCUCUUCCAAGCCCAGAGGCAGCAGAAAAUUCUCCUCACUUGGGUGGCUUUCUGACAUGGUCUGCCCUUUUCUUUUUUUGCUUAAGGCUUCCUACUAGACACAUCCUCUUCUUUUUAUUUUUUUUUCCCCUCUUCUCCUCCCACUCAAACUUUUUUUUCAGCUUUCAGUAGACAACGUCUGCAGACUUUGAUUUUUAAACUGAGAGACUGAGAUGGAAAGCUCUGAAGAGAACAGACCUCUCCCUCCCCAUUCACCUUUUGCUGUGGCAGCUAUUUUUUGGGUUUUUUUUACCCUUGUGAGACAGUGCAGCUCUUUUACCUGCCAGUUGCAGUGUGAAAGCAACCAGAUUUCCUGCCUCUGCAGUGGGUUGCUUUGUUUUUCAUGGCUGCUUUGGUUAAAAAAAAAAAAACGAAGAUUAAUAAUAAUAGGAGAGAAGGGGAGAGAAAAACCUUUCUGCCUCUAGCCCCUUUUCCCCUUGCUGUGGGCAGAUUACCUGCUUGUCGCUUGUUAACAAGGAAUUUGUAUUUAUUGGUGAAGGAAAAAAACAUGCUGGGGAAGUCAGGAGAAGAUGUUGCUUUAUUGACCUCUGCUGUUUACUUCAACCCCCUCUUUGGGAAAGCUUCUUCCUGCUCUUUCUGGUUAACUCUUUCUAGCCUGGGAUAUGCAGGGAUGCCUCCUUUAUUUUUGUAUUCUAGCAAUGGGCUCUCCGUUAGGAGACUCUAGGAUUCUCUUAGUGUUGCAGUGACCAUUGCUUCUCGCUUUUUUGAGUACUAAAGACGAUCAUCUCGUAAACUUUGCCCCUGCAGUUGUAGAGGUAACACACGAGCCUUACUGCCCUCAUUAGAAGGAGCAGAAAACUUGUUUCUCUGGUCCCUGGAAGAGAAAGGGUUAAGCGAUUAAACAAUUCUUUGUUCUA